CCCAUAGAGGGUAAGGCCAAUGCCAACGUGGUGUGGGAGGAGGACUCGUCAGAGGGCCCACCGUCGGCCCCCGUCAGGAUAGCCUUCGUCCUGGUGGUCCACGGCAGAGCCUCACGACAGUUCCAGAGACUUUUCAAGGCCAUCUACCACACCUCACACUACUACUAUAUACAUAUAGACCAGCGCUCCAACUACCUUCACAGACAGGUGCAGGCCCUGGCCUCCCAGUACCCCAACGUGAGGGUGACACCCUGGAGGAUGGCUACCAUCUGGGGCGGUGCCAGCCUGCUCACCAUGUACCUCCGCAGCAUGGCAGACCUCAUCACCAUGACCGACUGGAGCUGGGACUUCUUCAUCAACCUCAGCGCUGCAGACUACCCCAUCAGAACUAACAGCCAGCUGGUCGCCUUCCUGUCCAAGUACAGAGACAUGAACUUCAUCAAGUCCCACGGCAGAGACAACGCCAGGUUUAUCCGCAAACAAGGUCUGGACCGGCUUUUCUUUGAGUGCGACACCCACAUGUGGCGACUUGGCGACCGCAAAAUCCCAGAAGGCAUUUCUGUGGACGGCGGUUCUGAUUGGUUCCUGCUCAAUCGUCCGUUCGUGGAGUACGUUAUAAACUCCCAAGAUGACCUGGUCACCAACAUGAAGCGCUUCUAUACCUACACACUGCUGCCCGCCGAGUCGUUCUUCCACACGGUGCUGGAGAACAGUGCUCACUGUGAGAGCAUGGUGGACAACAACCUGCGCAUCACCAACUGGAACAGGAAGCUGGGCUGUAAGUGUCAGUACAAACACAUAGUGGACUGGUGCGGCUGCUCCCCCAACGACUUCAAACCUGCCGACUUCCACCGCUUCCAGCAAACGGCCCGUCCUACGUUCUUCGCCAGGAAGUUUGAAGCCACUGUUAACCAGGAGAUAGUGAACCAACUAGAUGGCUACCUGUUUGGACCUAUGCCCCGGGGGACCCCUGGCCUCCAGGCCUACUGGGAGAGUGCGUUUGACGAGGCGGACGGGGUCGCGACCCUGAGCGACACACAGCUCACACUCUACCAUGCGUUUGCUCGUAUGGGCCUGGCCAGGGCGGCAGCAUCGCUGCAAGGAGAUCCUAAGGAUGACAGCUGCAGGUAUUUCCCCAUGGGCCACCCGGUGUCAGUGCAUCUCUACUUCCAGUCAGACCAGUUCCAAGGCUACCUGGUCAAGCACCAUGCCACUAACCUGGCAACCAGCAAGCUGGAGACCCUGGAGACCUGGGUGAUGCCCAGGAAGACCUACAAGGUGGCUUCCCCACCCAGCACCUUCACCAGGCUGCAGUUCGCUGAGAUCGGCACGGAGUGGGAUGCCAAAGAGCGCAUGUUCCGUAACUUCGGUGGUCUGAUGGGUCCCAUGGACGAGACCGUCGGGAUGCAGCGGUGGUCCAAGGGCCCCAACGUGACCGUCACCGUGGUGUGGAUCGACCCCACCAACGUCAUCGCUGCCACCUACGAUAUCCUGAUCGACGCCAGCGCAGAGUACACCCACUACCGACCCCCCCUGAACCAGCCUCUCAGGCCUGGGGUGUGGACCAUACGGGUGUUGCAUCACUGGAGCCCCGUGGCCGAGACCAGGUUUCUGAUUAGUCCGCUGGCUUAUAUGAAGCAUCAGCCUAUAAGACAAGAGGACACGCUGAAGCUCCACAACGGACCAGCCAAGAACAGUUAUAUGGAGCAGAGCUUCCAUGGCCUCAACCCCGUGCUCAACAUCCCUGUACACCCGGGCCAGGUGGAGCAGGCUAAGCGCAACGCCGGCCUGACUGGCCCCGCCUUGGAGCACUGGGUAGACGGCCUGGUGGGUGCGAUGUGGGAGGCUGGGGACGUGUGUUCCACCUCCAUGACAGGGGGACCUGGAACAUCCUGCCCCGUCAUGCAGACCUGCGCCAAGACCCCCUGGAGCUCGCUCAGCCCCGACCCCAAGUCCCAGCUGGUCCCGCCGCACGCCGACGGGCGCAUCAGGUAG